AAGCUAACAACCCCCUGAACCCCCCCCCCCCCCCCCCCCUUCCCACGGCAGCUUCUAUAAAUCCACCCAUCUGAAGCAAAGCUCACUACUACAGCUGCAUCCAUCAAGCAACCAAGAUCAUUCACAAAGCUAGCUAGCUAGCGUUCGAGUCAGACACAAAUUACAAAUGGCAGCUGCGACGGCGAAGAAGAGCGGGAGCGAGAUGGGGGUGGUUCUUGGUCUGGACGUGCCGCGGUACAUGGGCCGCUGGUACGAGAUCGCGUCGUUCCCAAACUUCUUCCAGCCCCGGGACGGGCGGGACACGCGCGCCACGUACGAGCUCAUGGAGGACGGCGCCACGGUGCACGUGCUCAACGAGACCUGGAGCAAAGGGAAGCGCGACUACAUCGAGGGCACCGCCUACAAGGCCGACCCGUCCAGCGAGGAGGCCAAGCUCAAGGUCAAGUUCUACGUGCCCCCCAUCCUCCCCAUCAUCCCCGUCGUCGGCGACUACUGGGUCCUCUACGUCGACCCCGACUACCAGUACGCCCUCGUCGGCGAGCCCCGCCGCAAAAACCUCUGGAUUCUGUGCAGGAAGACGCAGAUCGAGGAGGAGGUGUACGAGCAGCUGCUGGAGAAGGCCAAGGAGGAAGGCUACGACGUGGCCAAGCUGCACAAGACGCCGCAGAGCGACCCGCCGCCGGAGAGCGACGCCGCGCCCGCCGACACCAAAGGGUCCUGGUGGUUCAAGUCGCUCUUUGGUAAAUGAUUCAGUAAACUGGUGCUGGAAGAGAUAUCAUGUGUGCUUUUAUCGUAGUAUACAUAAUAUUAGUUGAUCAAUCUGUACCGUAGCGAAUAAAUGGGACUCUCGAUCGGAAAACAAUCUUUGCUGUAUGUAUAUAGAAUAUUUGUGUGCCUUCCUCCUGUUAUGGUGUAGCUAUACUGUCAAUCUGUGUUUGGAGAAAAUGAAGCUAGUGAACUAAUACAGUUAUACUGCAGCCAUCA